AGAGAGAGAGAGAGAGAGAGAGAGAUGGAGUGUUGCAGGAGGCCGAACCGGAGCGACGUUCAUUUGUCGAAGGAGGAAGAGGCAAAGAUCGAGGGGGAGACGAGAGAGCACUUCAAUGGCUUAGCACCGAGACGUCACACUAAGCCUCAGCGCAGCGAGUACUCUUCUAAUUACACUGAUGUUCUCUCCAAUGGUGAUGACAAUGGCGUCACUCCGGAAUAUGCUGAGUUUCAGCGUCUUGAAAAUGUUUCCCAGAAACUGGUUUAUAAUGGAAGUGAAGUGGCAGAGGAGUUUGUGGAAACAGAAUACUACAAGGAUCUCAACGGCAUUGACAAGCAACACCACACGACAGGAACAGGUUUCAUCAAAGCAGAGAACACCAAUGGCGCGUCCUUAAGACUUGCACCCGAUUCUGAAACUUGCUGCCACGCCUCGUGCAAGGGGAACCCAGCAACUAAUGACUGGAUUCCUGCUGCUGCUGAUAUGAUAAAUUUCGCCUCUGACAAGCCCAAAAGGAGUGAAAGCUGAGAGAUAGAGGCUGGGUAUCAUCCUAUUAGGACCAGCAACCUGCUGUUGUGUUUGUUUUGUGCAUUUUAUGUGAACGAAUUUGUGGAGUUUUUUAUUCAUAAACCCUUGUACUUGUAACAUGCUAUUUGGUCCUCUGGAUGUUUUUGUGCUCUUGGAUAUUUAUAUUCUCAGCCUCCUUGAUUUUCCCUUUGUAUUUGUUGUCUUCUCCGUUUUUAUCAGGAUUUAAGGGGAAAACGAUCGAGGAAAAACCAACUAUGAC